GUCAGUCGCGCGGCACGCGGCGCGCUGUUCGCACGUGGGUGUUUCUCUCGUAUCGCGUCGCAAGAGGUGCACAGGCGCGUUGCUCGUGGCCCUCCUCGGAUCUAACGAACCGAUCUCGCCGCCGGACAGGAAAUGACGUCGUCAUCGUCGUCGUCGUUGGCGGCGGCGGCGUGGAGAUGACAGCGCGAACCGCACCGAUCGCAGCUGCGUCGGCGGAUGGACGUGCCAGCCGCUGGAAAGCCCGAAUCCGGAGGAAAAUACGGAGAAGCUGGUAGUUACCGCCGUCCUCGUCGCCAUCAUCGUCGUCAUCGCCGCGGGCGGCGCAGGAAGGCAGCCGAGUUGACGAGAGUCGGCCGAUUCGCAAAAAGGAAGAAGGAAAGGAAGAAGUUGGCCGAAUAGGGUAACGGGCGACCACACGUACACACGGACAAGGUAUUUAACCGUCGUGGUUGAACACGGACGAGGAAGAGGAAAAAGAAGUGGGAAAUCAGGAAGAGCCACAAGCGGACAUACAGCUGUCGGUGGGAGAAACCAUCGCGCGUGAGGAAAAGUCUCUGCUCGGAUCGCCGUAGGCGAUCGUCUGGUCACGUGAGUGAUCCCCGUUGCCGGUAGAUUCGGCGAUCGUGUCAUAGUGAUCGCAACUACCAUCCAUUCAUCGGCGGUACGCUGCCGCGAGAGUACCGGACAGGCGACGUUCUGAAUUGUCGCGAAUUAUUGCGCGAGCCCUUCAAGAAGACCGAAGGAAUCACUGGCUGAUUAUUGUCCUCUGCAUUCCGUCGACAUCAGGAACAAGAGAUACGCGUAGCCUACGAGUGUGCGUUUUUUGAAGGAUCUUGAAGGGAUCUCGCUUUGCGGAUACCUCGAAAAGACAAUUUAACCAGAACCUGAAGGAACUCGGAAAUUAUUUGGUCGAACGUACUCUGAAUUUUCGUGCUUCGAUUGGCACCUCAAGAUUUGGAUUCGCCGAGUCACCCCGGUGGAAUCUUUAUUCGCCUCGUGCCGCGCGAAGAGACCCGAGGAGACCCCGAAAAGACUCGGCAGAUCAGCCGGUGGAAGCUCAUCUGUUCCACUUGGCGCGUUUGAAUCGCCCCGAAGAGAGUUCAGAGAUCGCUGGUGGAAUCCUUAUCGCUCGCUACUGCCACAAAUAUCUCGCAAAUAUUCCUGCGGAAGCUCAAAGAACGAUCGAGCGACUUCGCGCGCGAUUCAGCGCGAAAAGAAAGACUCGGUGUCGCGACGCAGUGCUUCGGUUUCCGGUUACCAUCGUCGAAGUUUACUUCGUAGAUUCGUUCGCGUGAAAACUCUCGCGAUCGCGUGGAAAACGCCGGAACGGUCUCUCGCAAGUGCCGCAGUGUUGCAUCAGUGAUCUUUUUGAGGAAACCGGACGGAUGUGCUCAAUUGCGAAGAUGAUGCACCACAUUGUUGUCGCCGCCCUUCUCGCCGUGUUUGCCAGCGGUGCGCCGAGAUCGUCGAUCAUCUACGCGGACGACAAAGUGCAAAACUAUCUCAUGAAAUUCGGCUACUUACCUCAGACAGGUUUCGAGACAGGAAAUCUACGAACAGAGGACCAGCUCAGAGAUGCAAUAAAAGAUUUGCAGAAAUUCGGCGGUAUCCCCGUGACAGGCGAGAUCGAUGAAGCGACAAAGAAGUUGAUGAAGGCCAGAAGAUGCGGAUUACCGGACCAGCCGGAUCCCAGAUUCGCCAAGACGAGGCAUAAACGUUUCACGAUUCACGGACAGCAAUGGCCGUAUCGAAACCUCACCUGGAGCCUGAGAUCCGAGCAGCCCAGCGGCUUGAACACCGGCGGGGUCCGGCUGGAGCUGAGUAGGGCCCUUGACCUUUGGGCCAGAAAUUCCAGGCUCACCUUCCAGGAGAUCAACAGCGACCGCGCCGACAUCUUGGUCUACUUCCAUCGGGGUUAUCACGGGGAUGGAUAUCCGUUCGAUGGCAGAGGUCAGAUCCUGGCGCACGCGUUCUUCCCAGGCAGGGAUCGCGGCGGGGACGCUCAUUUCGACGAGGAGGAGAUCUGGUUGCUGGACGAUGACGAGAACGAGGAAGGCACCAGCCUGUUCGCGGUGGCUGCUCAUGAAUUCGGUCACUCCCUGGGACUGGCGCACAGCUCGGUCCAGGGUGCUCUCAUGUACCCUUGGUACCAGGGCCUGAGCCCCAACUAUGAGCUACCAGAGGACGACCGACACGGGAUUCAGCAGAUGUACGGCGCUCCCGAGGGUAAGCUCUGGGGCAAUAUACCGGGUGGUCCGCCGCCACCGGAGCGACCACCACGGCCAGCACCGACGACGACGACAACGACGACGACCGUCGCGACGACACACAGAUCCUGGAGAAGGCCUACCAGGCCCAACCACUAUCCGGACGACGACAGACCCGGACAUCCGGGUCGUUAUCCGCCUCACUAUCGACCGUACAAGCCUCAUCGGCAUCACACAACUUGGUCGACGUCGCCGACGUCGACGACGACGAUGAGACCCACACCGAGAUUCAGGCAUCGGUGGACCCCGCCGCAGCGGUACGACGUGCCCGAUAAAUGCGAUACCAGUUAUGACGCCAUUAGCAUCAUCCGCAGGGAGGUCUUCAUCUUCAAAGGACGAUAUCUAUGGCGAAUAGGAGAUCACGGAAUCUAUGAGGGCUACCCGGCGGAGAUCACCAGGUUGUUCAAUCUACCGGCGGAAAUCGAUCACGUAGACGCCGUGUACGAACGGCCGGAUAAGAAGAUAGUCUUCUUCAUCGGUCGCAAGUACUAUGUGUUCAAUGCCAACAACCUAGAACCGGGUUAUCCGAAACCUUUGACGUAUCUGGGGCUGCCGGCCUCUCUGGAGAAAAUUGAUGGCGCCAUGGUAUGGGGCCACAACGGCAGAACUUACUUCUUCAGUGGCUCCAUGUAUUGGAGGUUCGACGAAUCUGUUAAUUACGUAGAACUCGAUUAUCCCAGGGACAUGAGCAUGUUCGCCGGCGUUGGGAACGACAUCGACGCCGUUUUCCAAUGGAAAAAUGGCAAGACAUACUUCUUCAAGGGCAAAGGGUUCUGGGAGUUUGACGAUCUCAGGAUGAGGGUAGCCCAUGAGAAGCAAAAAUUGUCGGCGCCCGUCUGGAUGGGCUGCCCGCCGCCGGAAAUAGAGACCAAUGAUAUCGAAACUAACUUGCCCAGGAAGUCGAGAAUCGUUUCGACUUCCUCCGCCGCUGCCAUCGCUACUGCUACGGCAGGAAGAACUGUGUCGAUGCUCGCAAUGGUCGUCAUGAGCUUCGUUGCGAGGAUAAUAUUGUCGCCGUAAAGCGCGUGUCCUUUAAACGACGAUGCGCGACAAGAAGCAUCUCCUAUCUUACGCAGAGAUUUCACGCGCGAGACAUGAACGCCAGGAAGCCGAUCGGAUUUUUGAAGUAUACAUGUCAAUGAAUCGACGAUCACGAAGAAUGAGAAACCGUUCGCGCUGAAGCGUCAAUCGACAUUUCAGAAGAUCGCCUGCUUGUAUCGCAGCACGCACUCUCCAUAAAAUUGACUUCGUUGAUUCUUUCAAGGAUGAAGAAAUCGCGAACGGAGAUCUUGAUAUCGACUUGAAGUCACAAAAAGCUCAGGAAAAGAUAUAUUUUACAGAGCAGCCGACGAUGAAUAAUUCGAUUCUGAUAUACCACGUUGCGCGAUGAAGAAGCAAAACUUUUCCCUCGUACGAGUUUGUCUUCUCUUUGAUAACACGUUACAUUGACAGGAACUUUGAAUUUAAAGCGUGUGACUUGAGUCCAUAUCAUCGAUCCUAACACGUCUUUCCCGGAAACACGAGGGAGCAUAUUUUUAUACGCCGUCUUUUUACACGGUCAUGUGGAAAUCGUCGAUCGCAUUUACGAAGUAAUUAACUUAAGCCGUAAUUUAUACUGCACAGUGGACGUCGAGGCCUCGAGGGGAGGGGAAGAAAGUAGAGUCUUCGAGGAUGAUGUUUUCACGGUUAAUCUUGCGAUUUCAGUGAUUUCACGAGCCGCCACUGCCAAAAAAGUCCAUCCAACGUUUUUUCGAUGUUAUUUUUUACACAGUUUGUAAUAGAGAUCCUCUCGCUGUUGCAUGCGCUGAUUCGCGAGGGAUCAAUACGGAUCUGUAAUGAACUCGGCAAUCGUCCUUCCGCAAACCGCCACGCGACUAUUGCUUGGCAUCGGAUCGGCGAUCCCUAGGCGAUAAGACAGUCGAUUCCGACACAGAGCACGUAUUUUAUAUAAAUAUUAUAUUAAUUAUUGAUACCGCAUAAUUUAGCAAAAGAAGAAGACACGCUCAGGUGUCGCCAGUUUUAUAAACUGUGAUAUUUAUAUACCCCGCGCGCGAUCAAAUAGCUAGCGUAAUGUCGAGGAGUUAGCGCAAGGUCAAUAGAUCCCGAGGAUUUGUCCACGGCGUGCCGCUUUUCAGACGCUCGUGCGGACUCCUGUAUUUCUGCCGUUAUUUCCUUCUCGGAGAAAAUAUUUCAGUUACGUUAAGUAUACUAAAAGCGAUCGAGAAUGGAAGAUUUCGGAAAUAAAACAGGUGCAUGUGCGUUCAAUCCCGAGUAGAUUCGAUGCAAGUCGAAAUCGAGAUUCCGUCAGGAAUUAAAAAGCGGAGAACGUGACGUUGAAAUAAAUUCUAGGGGAAAUAAGUCGACUCCGGAUUAAUCCCGGAAUGCGUUCUUGCGAAGUUUGCCGAUAUAUCUCCCCAAGCGUGUGCGGCCACGUGUAUGCACACGUACACGCACGCACGCAUGCGCGUUUUAAUUAUCACCGCGCAGCGCAGAGACGGAGAAACGGGACGGCACAAAUGAUAUUAUAUUUCUGUUAUCGAUUAAUUGUAUGCGAUGAUUUUUUUUCGUUCCGAUUGAGUACACCCUUAUUACGGGAAGAAACGUGCACCGGACCGUGCGGUCCGACCGAAGAGACAGCAGCGAGAAGCCCGUGUCCUCCGUUAGUUCCAAACUUAAGGGGAAAUUGGCGUAACGUGCUAAUUGUAUGCUACACGUAUUUUAUCAUAAGUUCGUGCUUUAUAUGUGUAUAUACGGAAAUAAAGUGAUUUUACCGAA